CCGGCCCUAUUACAGUCCUGUAAUGAAGUGCAAUGGAGUGGUAAUUGGUCCGCAUUAUACCAGAUCAGGCUAUCAUCCAAAUAACAUUUGAACUAGAGAGUCCCCAUUUCAGUUUUCCAUUUCAAGAUUGCCCUCCUGUCCCCAGAUUGGGCUUUAUUUCUUGUUUCCUCCACUUUAAAAGUCUCCCAAACAAAUGGCAAGGCACUGGCAAUAACCUGGAGCGUUCUUAAAAUGGGGAAGUACAGUAAAUGAGAAGGGGCCGGUGGAGAUACAGUCUGAGUAAACGUGGGCCUCAAGUAUUCUACAAAAAAGGUUUCAACUUUCAAGUAUGCAAACAAAGCACAGAAGGAAGUCCUGUAUUUGACAGGUCAGAAAAGGAAUUUUCGCAAUAAUGCAAGAAUGAAGAAAGAGCAGCAACGGGUGAAAGCUGACAUCCCUCUUUGCAGAAAGACACAACUUUGCUUGUUGUGGAGGGGAAUAAAAGAACACUUUUCCAAACUAUGAUCCUCGUUGACUGAUUUGACACAUUCAAGACACAGUAACCAUGGAAGACCACAACUCUUGUGGGGAAUCAGUUAAUCCUGCAUCCCUCUCAACAAGCAACCUACUAAUUUUGCACACUGCUGAGGCACAGGAAUGGGCAACAUAUCUGCAGCAGAUCCUACGGAAAUCCUCUAAGAUGUUCCACAAAAACGCAGUUUUGCUUUACACUAUCGGCCCAACUGAUGAGCUCCAUGGAUACAACUUCGACCGUUUCCACACUUUCCACUGUGUUAUGUUGCUCCUCACUGGGGCAUUCAUAGACCUCAUGUCCGAGCCUGAGCUGCAGAGAGCCCUUCAGACGCUGCUCCGUCCAUCACAUAGAGUUGUGGCGCUGUUGUGUGGCGUGUCUGAAGAAGACAUAAUGAUGGUGGAUGGCUUUGAAGACUGGUCCAGCUGGAAGAAAUUGCACGCUGAGGAUGAAUCCUCUGUAUACGUCUCCAGCAUUUUGGAAACCAUCACUAACAGCAGGCUACAGGUUGAACAUGAGAACAAAGGCAAAGCUUCAGAACAGCUGCAUGUCGCAGGAGGCUGCGCAACAAGAGAUCCCAACACCGAUCAAAAACAGGAAGUAAUGACAGAAGAGUGUCAAAAAAUAACUUGGAAGGAUGAUGAACGUAUGAUUGCGGGUUUUUCAGUAAGCCAAGAAAUAAGAACGCAAUCACAUAUUGAAUGCCUCACUGUCCAACCAACCCGACUUCUGACUGGGGUGGAGCACACAAUUUUCAUCAUCUUUAAUGAAAAAAUAGAUGAGCUCUCAUCACCAGAAGUGGAGUUUUGUUCUGAAAAUAACACACACAAAACAGUUCCAUCCACCCUCGUGAAUGAGUACACAUUAAGUCUUACUGCACCCGAAAUGCCUGCAGGGGUGGUGUCACUCACUCUGUGCUCAAACCAAUUGCGUACAAGCUUGAAGUGUGUUACAUACCAUACCAACAUGGGAGAAGUCAGCCGCUGUCUUGAAAAUGCUGCCGAUCCCAUAAAUUUCCUCUGCCAGGCUUUCGAUUUGACGUCCAAUUCAGUCGAGUUUUUGGACAACAUCCUAGUUGACUCAAUAAAAUCCAAAAUGCCAGCACCUGGUCUUCAGCUGUUUGGAAUGAGACAGAUAGAGGAACAAAAUAUGGCGGCAUAUAACCGCAAUGAGGAACUUCCCACACUGCUCCACUUUGCUGCAAAGUACGGCCUAAGGAAGCUGAUAAAUUUCCUCCUUCAGAUUCCCGGGGCGUUACAAGCUUGCAGUGUGAUGAAUAAGAACGGAGAUUAUCCAAACACGUUGGCAGAAAAGAGUGGCUUCACAGAUCUCCGACAGUUUAUCGAUGGAUUUGUUCAGACUGCAGCUACGCUUGAAUCUUCAAGUGCCAACAACCAAGAUCUAAAUGAGGACACUGAAGACUAUGAAGUGAUGACAGUCAGCAACAGCUCAGGGUGUCCUAGCGACAUGUAUGAGUCAAUGCUGGGCAUAAACCCUGAAUGUGCAGAUGACUUAUAUGAAGUGAUGAAUUCAAUAGGUGAAAAUCCAGAGGAAGCUAUGUUGAGGACGUUUUUUCAAGCAAAACUUCAAACCAGUGUAGUCCAGGAUGAAGGAAAUCAAAUCCAAAACAUCAAUCUGAAUGAAACUGACGAUGACUUUGACCCAUACAACACCUCUAGUACAGACAUAUAUGAUACCCUGAAUGAAAAUAAUGUAGCGAUCCUGUCUCGACCACCAGCCCCGAUUCCUAGACCUGAAAUUGAGCCUGAACCCGAGAAGCCAGUUACCUAUAUUUCAAGAGUCUUUUCAGAUAAAUCCAUGGUCCAAAGUCAUGCCGGGGAAUAUCAGGAAGUUCAUCCUGUGAUGGAAGCUCCCGUGCCUUUAUACGAACCUUUUGCUGGGAUGAAAACGCCUGGUCAGAGACAGCUUAUAACCCUACAAGAGAGGGUCAAAGUGGGAGAAAUUACUGUGGAUGAAGCUGUCCGUGAAUUCAAAGCUUGGCAGCUGGACCUUGAGAGUAGAGCAAGCUCAGUGCGCUAUCAACAGGAUAAUUUGAGACGAUUAAGAGAGAGCAUUAACAGGCGUCACAAUGAGAGAGACAAGACAGGAAAAGAGUUUGACUACAACAUAAGUGCUCCACUGCAGAGAAACUCUUUUUGGGGAGCUACUAUGACAUUGGAGUGUGCUGUAUAUGAUGGAUCGCCCAGAAUGUUGCCUCCAUCCUCCUCAGCAGCUCAGUGUAUCCAAAGAGGAAGCUGGAAGACAGGGAGCACAUCUAGUACAUCCAGUACUGAGAGCAAUCGACUCAGCACUCACAGCAAUUUAAGCUACAGUAGCGGGACGGAUCCAGAUUUAGAGGACUCUAUAGAAAAUCUCCCUCUUCCAGCACGACCUCCACGACCUUCCGAGGCUGCUCCACUAAUUCCACCUAGAAUUCCUCCACGUAACUCACAAAGUGCGUCAGAUAAGAUGUUGCACAAGCGCUAUGUCUCUUCCCCACCCCUACUACCUCCUCAAAGACACAGCAAUUCCGCUCCACCUGUUCCACGUCGACGACGGUGAUGGACAGAAAUUGAUAAAUAGACCAUAGAGAACUAUCCACUUUUUUGGAUUAAUUUUAAGUACAGUACCACUUAGCAAAACAUGGGUUAUACUGUAAAAUGUGUGAUUAAGAGCGGCCUUAAUAAUAAUGUUGCACUGAUACCAUUUUUUGGCCCCAAUACCGAUACUGAUAACUGUCUGUGCAGUAUCGGCCGAUACCGACACCACUCAGUUUAUUUUUUUUUCUUUUUUUUUUCCAAAGAGCUUCAUACUUGGAUGUGAAAUCAUUGCUAUCAGGCUGCUGCUUGCCUUUGCGGAACAGGAAAAAGACUGAUACAAAGUGAAUCCAGUAGAACUUUUUUAUUGCCUAGCUGGUAUGGGCGACAAUAGUUGAAUAAACCUUUGGCUCCUAAAAGGCCAAAAUAGUGCUAAAUUUGUGAAAUUAAAACAUGUGUAAUACUAGCCUAACAGUAAAGAAGAAAAAUACAUUUAUCAUAAUAAACUGAAUGACCUGAAUAAAAUUUGUUAAACCCCUCAAAGGCCAAACAGUGCAACUUUAAUGAAAUUCUAAGUAAUAAUACUAAUAAUUUACCACAGGAUCGUGUCUCUCUAUUGGCCUCCCUCUUUGUGCACCAGCAGGGCCAGGUCCGACCCAAAAUGUCAAUUAUUUACGUUCGAGUCGGGUCGGGCCGGACUUCUCUCUCACUAACUUUUUUUUUAAUAAUAAAUAUAUAUUUACUAUAAAUGUAUACUAAAAUGAUGUAUGGAUGUUAAACUAAGGAAUACUUGUUAUUAAAUAAAUAAUUUGGAUAAAACAAAGACCGCGCUGUAUGGUAAUUGCAAACAGGAGCCGCAGACUCAGAGCCUGUGCAUGCCUGCGCACGUGAAUGCCGUGGCCCCCGCCCUCUUUUUAAUCUUCCCCUGGCGCCCUCCGCGGGUCCGCAUCCCGGUAUUUCCUUUUCAAUAUGGAGCAGCAUGAAGUGAAUAACAAACUAAAGACGGGGGAAUUGAAAAGGCAAACAUGCACCGGUAGGAGUGGGAUAUGGAAAGGCUUCAAAUUAAUUGUUGAAGAUGCUAUACAGAAACCUAUGUCGGCUUCGUUGAAUGUAAACGAAUGUGGCGCUUUGCUCUCAUACUAGAAAUAUAUUUGACAAACUUUUCCAGCGUUAUUUUGUUGUGUAAAUGCAUUUAUAAUGAUCAUAAAAAUAUGGAGACUAUUUAAACAUUAAGAAAACUUAAAAUGAAUGUCAAAUCCACUAGCCGCCUGAUAGAACAGACAAACAAAUAUAAAAUAUAUAAAUGUUUACUGAAUAUGCAUCUUACAAACUUGUUCAACUGGGAGAAUUAGUUACAAAAGACAGGUUGUAAUUUGUUAUCAUGCACAGGCAUCGUCACAAAUGUGAUUACACAAAAUGCAACCUUUUUCCAAGCAGUGCUAUAUCCAGGUCUGACUGACACAUCACAUCCCCGCAUUUCCUUCUUUUCCUGAGUCCUCAUGAAUAAAACAUACAAUUUUGGGGGGUUUUCAGGCUCAGGCCAACUAAUUAAACAAAAUUUCGGGUUUUUUCGAGCUUGGGCCUGCAAAUCAAGUUAAUUGAUGGGGCUCGGGCCGGGUUGGGCUUGAAUACCCGCGGGCCGGAUCUGGUCGGGCUGGAUUUUUCAGGCCCCGGACCGGUAAAUGGUAUCGGCGCCCUUUUUGUUGGUACUCAUCGAUACCCAUACCACAAUUUUGGCCGGGAUCGUCCCCCCGCUGAUACUGGUAUCAGUCUCAGUUCACAGUACUUAAUAUGAAGGAUGUUUUGUUUUGUGUAUUUGGAUUUUAUUAAUUUAUUUUAUACAUAUAGUCUUUAUGCAUAUUGUGAUUUGCAUUCAAUCUUUUUCUGUUGCUGUGAUUACUAACUGCUAGUGUUGCACCCAUGCCAUUUUUUGCCUGCUGAUUCCAAUACCUGGCUGUGCGGUAUUGACAAAUGAAAAAAUAUACUUUUUUUCCCUUUAAUACCAAAUUACUGUAUACAGUCCCUGACAAAAGUCUUG